GCACUCCCACAAUGCAGCGGGGUAAUGUAAUAACAUGGCGUCAGUGGUCGCUGUUUUGACCAGGGCCGUGGACCAGAAAAAAACAUGAUGCACAACAGAACCGUGGACACAGAUGAAGUAUAGUCAGAAGAAACGCUCAAAGUCUUAAAAUUAGUUUGUACGCAAUUUUGUGCGUUGAGCCUUUUAGUAUUGUAUUUCUUUUAAAGACUUGCUUCUGUGAGGCAGCUGGUUGCCAGUGUUAUUUAUUCCCCGUUAGCUAAAAGCUCAGUUGGGCGACCGGGCUAACGACAGUUAGCUCUCGGGGACGAAUAGCGGUAAAGUCGGCUUAGCCGAGGAGCAGGAAGUUCCCCCGGAUGUCACGGUAAAUUCCUCCAACAACACGGAGUCUGCACGUCUGCUCCUUGGGUUUUUUAAUGAUUUCAGGUGGCCUUUCUGCCUGGUGAUCCUUAGUGUGGUGUUCACUCCACCAGGGACAACAGCAGCGGGACUGGAGGGAUGGACAAGUCUACAAGUCCUGCAAAAUCUGUCAGAGCAUCUCAGGCACGGGGAGCCAAAGCUUUGUCCAACGAGAAGUCAAAUAAAGAAGUUUCUGUGCAGAGAGAAGGUACAAAACCUGCAACCACACUUAACAGCAGAGGAAAUCCAACAGAAGUUAAAGAUGAGCGUACUAUAGGUGGUCAGGCAACCUGUGGGCAAGGCAAGUCAUCCACAGAGACCCCCCAGGAGAGGAGGAGAGGGCGGCCCUCCAGGCUGACAAGACUGUCAGGAAGAACCAGCUCUGGAGAGAGAGGCAAGACUAGAGUGGCAAACUCACAGCAGCAGCUAACGCCUAAGGAUCCUGACUGUAGGCCCUCAGUGUCUGCAGACAGCAGCCCCUCAGCAAAGAGAGACCCUUCCCCUGUAGUACCUGGUACCCCUGAGAGGGGACUCAGAGACCAGGCCAGGAGCUCCAUCCCAGCUUCUGCACAGGAAAAGUCCCAUGCUGCAGCCUCAAUGCAUCAGUCUGGCGAAGAAGGGCUACAGGUGAGGGCUAUGGUGGAAGGUGGUGGUCUCACUGAGCAGCAGCUGGGCCUGCGUCAGGCAGAGGAACGUCUCUACAGAGAUUACAUCCACCGACUGCUAAAGCAGUCACCUGAAUAUCCAAACUACCAGUAUUUGUGCAAACUCUGUUCUGUGCACAUUGAGAACAUCCAAGGAGCCCACAAACACAUCAAGGAGAAGAGACACAAGAAGAACAUCACGGAGAAACAGGAGGAGAACGAGCUGCGUGCGUUGCCACCUCCUUCUGCUGCCCAGCUCAAGGCUGUGGACGCAGCGGUGAUGGCAACGGGUCAGCAGCAUGGCAUCUCAGAAGAAGACUUCAGGGUUCGACAGGCAGUGGUCAUCAAGAUGGAGGAGAUCAUAAAGAGGAAGCUCUCAGCUUGUUCUCUCAGGCUCUAUGGCUCUUGUCUCACACGUUUUGCCUUCAAAACAAGUGAUGUCAACAUUGAUGUCACACAUCCUUCCUCGAUGACGCAACCUGAGGUCCUGAUUCAGGUGCUGGAAAUCCUUAAAAACAGCUCUGAAUUUCUUGAGGUCGAGUCAGAUUUUCAUGCCAAAGUUCCUGCUGUGUUCUGUCGGGAUGUGAAUAGUGGCCUCUUGUGUAAAGUGAGUGCAGGUAAUGACGUCGCCUGUCUCACAACCAAUCACCUGGCAGCACUGGCAAGACUGGAGCCCAGAUUAGUUCCUCUGGUGCUGGCUUUCCGCUACUGGGCGCAGCUCUGUCACAUUGACUGCCAAGCUGAAGGGGGCAUCCCCUCCUACUCUCUAGCCCUCAUGGUCAUCUUCUUCCUGCAGCAGAGAAAAGGCCCCAUCCUCCCAGUCUACCUGGGACGUUGGAUCGAAGGCUUUGAUGUGAAGCACGUGGAUGAGUAUCAUCUCACUGGAAUUUCCUUGGACAUUUUUGUGAGCUGGCAGCACAGACCUCCAAGUUCCACAGAGGGCAGAGGGGAGAACAGAGGCGACAGUCGCGGAGAAAACAAAUCCAAGCAUGAGCAGAAUAAACCUGAAAAGCCUCGCUAUUCAGAAGGCCUUACUCGUUUAACUCUGGACCAGCGCAAAGAUAUUUCUCUGGGCCAGUUGUGGUUGGAGCUCCUUCGCUUCUACACACUGGAGUUUGCUCUUGAAGAAUAUAUCAUCAGCAUUCGCCUGAAGACGCUUCUCUCCAGAGAAGUGAAGAACUGGCCUCGUCGCAGGCUCGCUAUUGAAGAUCCUUUUGCCUUGAAAAGGAAUGUCGCACGAAGCUUGAACAGUCAAAUGGUGUUUGAGUACAUUCAGGAGCGCUUCCGCACAGCAUACAAAUAUUUUGCGUGCCCCCAAAGAAGGGGCUCCGGAGGACACCUGAGAGGCAGGAAGGCCAGCAGGCAGAGUGCAAUCGCAGAAUGGGCAGAGAAAAAGGAGGCAUCGUUUGUGGACACAGAAGACGACGAAGGGAGCAGUGAAAAAGUUCAGAGAGGCCAGCAGUGUUUGAAGGAGGAUGAGGAGUUCGACAGCGAGGACGAAGAUGGACCAGAUCCGUCCAGAAAGAAGGAUGAGCGGACUUUAGGAAGAAGCCUCCAGGACAUGGAAAUCAGUGACGGGAACAAACCUUCCCUCUCCCCUAAUGGCCUACUGGACAGUGACAAUGAGGAAGAUGAAGAAGAUGAGGAAGAAAACUAUGUCUCAGAGAAAGACAGGAUCAUUUCACCUGAGGAGCUGCACUAUGUGUUUGAUAAGAUGAUUUUCACUGGUGGGAAGCCCCCGACUGUCGUCUGCAGCAUCUGCAAACGAGACGGUCACCUGAAGGACGAGUGUCCCGAAGACUUCAAGAAGAUUGAGCUGAAGCCUCUGCCGCCCAUGAAUGACCGCUUCAGAGAAAUUCUGGAUGGACUCUGCAGAUUGUGCUACUAUGAGUUGUCACUGACGCCUGUUGAGCAGCAGAAGAGGGAGCAGAUCCUGGCAGGUCUGGAAAGGUUUAUCAGGAAGGAGUAUAACGAUAAAGCUCAGCUCUGCCUCUUCGGCUCCUCCAAAAAUGGCUUUGGUUUCCGCGACAGUGAUCUUGACAUCUGCAUGACUCUGGAGGGUCAUGAAACUGCAGAGAAGUUGAACUGCAAAGAGAUCAUCGAAGGACUUGCAAAAGUGCUGAAGAAGCAUACAGGUUUGAGGAACAUCUUGCCCAUUACAACAGCUAAAGUGCCUAUAGUGAAGUUUGAACACAGACAGAGCGGUUUGGAAGGAGACAUUAGCCUUUAUAACACACUGGCCCAGCACAACACCAGAAUGUUGGCCACAUAUGCAGCUCUAGAUCCACGUGUGCAGUUCCUUGGAUACACAAUGAAGGUCUUUGCAAAGCGCUGUGACAUCGGAGAUGCCUCCAGAGGGAGUCUGUCGUCUUAUGCCUACAUCCUUAUGGUGCUUUACUUUCUACAGCAGAGGCAGCCACCAGUCAUUCCUGUCCUGCAGGAGAUUUUCGAUGGAAAAACUGCUCCUCAGCGGAUGGUCGAUGGCUGGAAUGCCUUCUUCUUCAAUGACCUGGAGAAUCUGCGCCGGCGUCUCUCUGAGCUGCAACCCAACAGGGAGUCGGUCGGGGAGCUGUGGCUGGGCCUCCUGCGCUUUUAUACCGAAGAGUUCGACUUUAAAGAGCACGUCAUCAGCAUCCGCCAAAGAAAACGUCUCACUACCUUUGAGAAGCAGUGGACCAGCAAAUGCAUUGCCAUUGAAGAUCCUUUUGAUUUAAAUCACAAUCUUGGUGCUGGAGUUUCUCGCAAAAUGACAAAUUUCAUCAUGAAGGCUUUUAUAAAUGGCAGAAAGUUGUUUGGAACUCCUUUCUACCCAGUCCCUGGCACUGAAGUGGAUUAUUUCUUUGACUCUAAAGUCUUGACUGAUGGAGAGUUGGCCCCCAACGACAGGUGCUGCAGGAUCUGUGGGAAGAUCGGACACUACAUGAAGGACUGUCCCAAGAGACGCAGAAUGAAGAAGAAGGAAAAUGACAAAGACGAGGAGGUGAAAGAGGACGAGCGAGAGCUAAAGGACAGGCGCUGUUUCCAGUGUGGAGACAUGGGUCACGUACGGAGGGACUGUCCUGAGUAUAGACACCUCAAACAGAGGGCCGCAGGUGGACCAGCUCCUCACAUGGUCCGACCCCUGGUGAGCUCACAGUCCAUCCCAAUUCCACAGGCAGCUUCAGACUGUCCCGGAAGAAGCAGGCAGUCGUCUGAGUGUUCGGACAGUCGUCAGACUCCGCCCUACUCCCCGCAGGCCAACUCGGUCUCUCAGAACUCCUCCCAGUCCUCAAGCUCCCCUCAGCCCAGCUCCCACAGUAAGACUGGUCCAAUCAAACAGCCGACCCCUCCUCAAGUCCCUCUGUCCAUCUUUGGCUUACCCUCCUCCCUCCCAGGCCAGUACCACCCUGCAACUCUCACUGCACUGGGGCUCCUGCCCACCCACCAGCACCAAGCCCAUCAGUCACAGGUCCACGUCCCCUCCACCUCCUGGCCCAUCCAUGGACCCGUCCUGACCACGUCCUCUCCCACUGCCCCCUCCCCGCCUGGUCUGAAAUUCGCCCUGCGCUCUGUGACGGGUAACGGAGGUCCCUCAGGCUCCGGGGUCAGUCCCAACCCCAUGAACCUGAAUGACCCCAGUAUCAUCUUUGCUCAGCCGGCGGGGAGACAGCUGGGCAUGGGUGGACCGGGACCGGACGGACACUGGCACAACCACAUGGCACAACCUGGGUCACUCAUGGGCAAUGGCACUGCGGUGAAGUCAGAUUCCGGUCACCCAGCCCAGUUUGUGGGUGUGAGUCAAGGCUCUCGGGUGUGGGAGCACAAUAAAGCCCCACACUACACCCUGUCUCCAUCCUGGCCCUACCGCCUGCCCCAGAACUUCAUCCAGCAGGGGAAUGGAGGUUACCAGCCCGGAAAACCCUUCAACAUGGCCCAUGGUUCUGUUGUCAAUCCCAAUCCCAAUUUCCCUCUAGUCCCCCAUCAAGUCAAUCUGAGCUUCAUCCAGCAGAAGAAAUAAUUCAGUAUCUCCUGUAAUUAGAUUAACGGUCAGUAACAUAACAACGUGGAAUCAAUGUGUUCUUUGCAUCAUUUGAUCGCAGGAAUUUUUAAAAAGAAAAUGAAUUUUAUCAUUUUUGUACAGUUUUUAUGUUUUAUUUUUUUGGUCUCAUUACAUUGAUUUGUGAUACAAAUGUCAAAUAUUUUAAUGCCCCUGUUUUUGAGGGGGGUUUAAAAAAAGUGUUUUUAUUUUAUGUGUAAAGUAAGGAGGUUAAAAAAAUGUAAACUUUUAUUUUUAUUAGCUGUAUUCAUACUUUGCUUGCUACAAGAUAAAGGCUUUGAAUAGACAUUUGUUUUUAAAACAGUCUAACAUUUCAUCCUAAAACAAAGUAGUGCCAAAGGCAGGGCUAGAAAGAAAAAAGGGAAAAACGUUCAGAGUUGGAAAAAAAACUUAAAAAACUUAAACUUAAAAAAAAAAAAUAAAAGCAAAGCCAACA